ACUGAAGACUAAAUGCAUCCCAGGAUUCCCCGGUGAGAGAGUGGGCUAGACUGACCCCCUCCUCAGAGGGAACCAUCGUUCUGUCUCUGCUCUGAGUAAUGGGACUUCUCUCUGUAGCUUGUUGUCCUGGUUGCUCAUUUUGCGAAAGAAAUAUGUGCUUUUCUUGAAAAUUUUGCCUCAAAAAAAGUGAUUGAAAGGGCAGAAGGCGUCUUACCUGAAUAACAGCGGCCCAGUUUGUGUGUCAGUGCUCUGUCAGUAUCGUACAGUGUUUAAGGCAGACGAUGUUUUCGGUCACUAGAGGGCAGUACGCUGCAUGCAGCACCUUAAAAUGUUGGAGGCCUGCUGCACAAAAUGACAAAUGGUCUUUCUUGUAGGUUAGGAAUAAAAAUCUAAGUUUGGGAAAUAUUUGCUUAUACUCGGUUUGACCAGAACCUUUGACCUAUGUGUAAAAUACAUGUGGUGAAAAACUGUCACUGUACAUCACUCUAAAAAAUGUUUCAUCUGUUGUACUACUUUUUGCAUGAGUACAAAAAAGAAAUCUGCCCAGACUGAGCAGGGUUUGGUCAGCUGCCUGUGACAGCAUGAUGGGGGGGCGGAGCUUUGGUUGUGGCUCAACCGGUCUGCCACACACAAAUAUGUCAUUAGAAUUUCUGGAGCUGGUCGCCUGAUAAUCAAGGAAUUUUUUUAAACAUCCAACUUGUAGGGCUGUAAUUCCAAGUAGUUCCUUUCAGCUUAUGAGUUUUAAAAAAUCCCUCAUUUGUGUUUAGACACUAAAGCUGGGUCCAGAUAAAAUAUGAUGUAACAAGGAGCUGCUAUAGUGGCAGAGUUUAAGUUUGAAAGCUGAAAGACUUGUUCUGUGUGUGUUUGGGCAGGAUAGGUAGUAAUGACUAUGAGGAAGUUACACAGGAAAUCAGAAAAACCUGAACACCAAACAGGAGAAACAACUGCUUCUCUCCUCCCACAAUGGUCAGACAACAGUAACAAUUCAGCUACUCAUGCAUAGUAAGUAGCAGGUGCCCUGUCAGACCUGACGGAAUACAGGAGAAGAAGAGGUCGACUUCAGCAGGGAGAUUAGGAGUCAAAUUUGGGUCGUUUGAUACUAAAAGAGGAAAAACCAUGAGCUACGCUGAUUGGAUGUCGCAGCUGCCAGCUGAGCUUCACACCAUCCCUCUGUUUAAACUGGCCAUACCAGGAAGCCAUGACUCGAUGAGUUAUGACCUGGACAUCGACUCUAGAAUCAUCGAGCCUGAGAGACUGAGGAGGUUUAGCAGAAUCUACUGCCUGCGUAAAAUUAUCCACACUUGGGCAGCCACGCAGGAGGUGUGCAUAACUGAGCAGCUGAAUGCCGGAGCUCGCUACUUUGACCUUAGGAUUGCCCGCAAGCCAAAUGACACAAAUCCCACCAGGCUUUUCUUUCACCAUGGCCUGUACACCAAAACUGAUGUUGAGACUGUACUCAGGGAAAUAAACAUGUGGGCAGAGAGUCAUCCUAAAGAAAUCAUCAUCCUAUCUUUAUCCCACUUUGAGGGGUUCGACAAAAAAAUCUCCGAACAACUUCACAACCACCUCAUCACCUUCAUGAAAAAUCUGUUUGGAAACAAACUCCUCCUGAGGACGAACUCUCCUACCCUGAAGAGCUGCUGGAGUCAAGGCAAAAACAUAAUAGUCUCAUACGACAACAUACAAUUUAUACAGCCUGUGUUAUGGAGAAAAAUAAUUUAUUACUAUGGCAACAGCAUGGACCGUGGCGUAAUUACAACCAAACUCUGUCAGGCUUUGGAAAAGGAGAAAUCCUUCACGUAUUUCUUUGUCUGUGGCUUGAAUCCAACCCUACCACAUGACACCAGAAUCCUCAGGUACAUCCUUCGCAUUUGUGACAACUUCACCAACGUUGUGCGAAGGGGUCUGCCAAAGUUGCUGCGGUGGGUGAACCAGCAAUACGACAAGACGCCAAUGAACAUCGUCGCCUCAGACGUGGUGACUCGAGAUGAUUUCGUCGCAACGAUUGUGAAGCUCAACUUGAAACGGGCGAAAGGACGAUGAAAACGUGUCUACCUCUUUGUUUAUUUUUGUUAAAGAUUGAUUUUUAUAUUUAUCAAGAAGACUUAAAAAGUCACUUGAUGCUUUACUUGUUCCUACGCAUUUUGUUUCUAUUCUUGAGCAACAUAAAUGCAGCAAACCUUUAAGUAAAUUGGCCUCAGAAAGCAAAAUUUAAGUUUAACAAGGUUUAUGCGCAAUUUUCAUGUAAUUUCCAUAAUUAUCCUGAUUCUAUUUCCUUUUUAAAAUAUUUGUCAGUUCUGAGAAAAUUAAAAACAUUUAUUUUCAAUACAAACAGUUUACAUGAGAUUUGUUGACAUUUCUACAGCUUGAAUGUGACACCAGUAAAAAGGAAGGAGAGAAAUGGAGGAAGAGAAGCAAAGAUGGAAGGAACACAGUGAGGUGUGACUCGGAAGAAAUGAGAGAGAGAAGAAAGUGAGGCAGUAAGCAAAAAAGGAAAGGCAUAAAGAAAAGACACACAGAAGGAAGAAAAGCCACAGGGAAUGAAAGAAAAACAAAGAAAUGAUACGAGAAAGGAAUAGAAAUAGGACAUAAGGAAGAAAGAGGAAAUGGGCAGAAAAGAGUUUUAAGAGGACGGACAGAAGGAAGGGAAGAAAUGGCACAAGGUGGGGAUAUUAGUACAUAAAAGCAUGACAGAUGGAAGGACAAGGGAAGAAA